AAGGCAUCGGAGUUCUAAAGUCCGUGGACCUGCGCACAGGCGAUCAAAACCGCAGUUAGCUUCAUAAACUACAAUCAGCAACUAACCACUCCUCCCACCCUGUAUUUGGUGCUACAAUCCACGUUCUCCCACCCCAUAAACCCCAAUUAAUAGGCCCCCCCACUUCACACGAUUUCUGUGUUUACAGAUAAAUUCAACAAUUUCCAUUUCAGAAAACCCGUGUCUUAAUUAAAUAACUGAAUUUGAGAAGCGGAGUGAGGAAUAAUCAGCUAUGCCGGGGGAGGAUAUCGAAAGCAGGGCGGAGAAGAACAACCACACGGCGGCGGCGGCGGGAGGCCGGUACGCCGCUGAUGACAGGGAUAGAAACUGGGUGUCGUGGUUAAUACCGGUGUUCGUGGCUGCUAACGUUGUGAUGUUUGUGGUGGAGAUGUACUUGAACAACUGCCCCAAACAUAUUAAUAACAGGGGUUUUAGGUCUGGAGAUGACGGUGGUGAUGGGGAUAAGUGCGUGGCGAGGUUUCUUGGGAGGUUUUCUUUCCAGCCUCUCCGGGAGAAUCCUUUGUUUGGCCCUUCUUCUGCCACAUUAGAGAGGUUGGGAGCACUAAAUUGGACAAAAGUGGUGCAUCAGCAUCAAGGAUGGAGACUAAUCUCCUGCAUCUGGUUACACGCCGGUAUCAUACACCUGCUUGCUAACAUGCUCAGCCUCGUCUUCAUCGGUAUUCGUCUCGAGCAGCAUUUCGGAUUCGUGAGAAUUGGGUUCAUUUAUCUAUUAUCCGGAUUCGGAGGCAGCGUACUAUCUUCGUUAUUUAUACGCAACCGAAUCUCCGUCGGAGCUUCCGGUGCACUAUUCGGGCUUCUUGGUGCCAUGCUUUCCGAGUUAAUUACCAAUUGGUCUAUAUACACUAACAAGGUUGCAGCACUAUUGACACUAUUGGUGAUAGUUGUAAUCAAUUUAGCUUUGGGAAUUCUUCCACACGUCGAUAACUUUGCCCAUAUCGGAGGAUUCUUGACCGGAUUUCUACUAGGGUUUAUGCUUUUGCCACGUCCUCAAUUCGGGUGGAUUGAACGGCACAAUCUUCCAGUCGGUGUUCGUGUUAACUCCAAAUAUAAGGCUUUCCAGUAUGUCUUGGGCCUGAUUUCUUUGAUACUACUAAUCGCCGGGUUUUGUGUUGGGCUAGUGAUGCUGUUUAGGGGAGUGAACGGGUACGAGAGAUGCCGGUGGUGUAGGUAUGCGAGCUGUGUUCCGACUUCUAAAUGGAAGUGUGAUGAGUAUUGAUUAACGUUCGGUUCUUCAAAAAAAUUAUGUUGUUUAGUGUAGAAUGUAAUUCUUGUUUUCGUAUUUGUUUCCAUUAGUUUGUUUUGUAGCUUUGUGUUUGCGACUUUCUUCGUUAGCGUCUUCACUUUGAAUUUGAGCAUAGCAUAAAUUUAUU